CAACGCCAGCUUCAACUUCAACUUCAUCCACCUCCUUGUCGUCACCCGUUUCUCUCUCCCCGCCACCUUCACCCCACUCCGAAUAUCCUCCGUUGCCCCUUGCCCAGCGAGCGUCACCUACUGCAAUCAUGGAGGACCAGCUGGUGCAGCUCCUGGCCAACACCCAGCUCCCCGACCAGGCGCCCCGCCAGCAGGCCGAGAUCGAGCUCAAGCGCGCCCGCUCCAAUCCCGCCUUUCCCCUGUCUCUCGCCAACGUCGCCGCCCACACCUCCAUCGAUACCAGCAUCCGUCAGGCCGCCCUCACUAACCUCCGAUUAUUCAUCGAGAAGAACUGGAGCGCCGAGGAGGAUGACAGCGAGCCUCCGAUCCCCAUCGCCGACGAGAGUCGCGGUCAGCUCAAGCAGACCCUCCUCGACCUCGCCCUGAGCCCUGAGGAGGACCGAAAAGUCAAGAUAUCCGCUAGUUACGCCGUUGGCAAGAUUGCCAUCCAUGACUUCCCCGAACAGUGGCCUCACCUCCUCCCCACCGUCCUCGGUGUUAUCCCUACCGGCACCGAUGCCCAACUCCACGGUGCAUUGAGGGUCCUGAAUGAUAUCAUCGAAGAGAGCUUGAGCGAAGACCAAUUCUUCUCCAUGGCUCGUGAUAUCUCCAAGGGCCUGACCGAAGUCGCCCUCAACGAGAACCGAAAGCCCAUGCUGCGAGCCCUGGCCAUUUCCAUCUUCCGUGGCUGCUUCGAUCUGAUGAACAUGAUCAAGGAGGACCAUGCUAAAGAGGUUCGCGCUUUUGCGGACGAACUCCUCAAGGAGUGGAACCCCUUCUUCAUCACCGUCUUAAAGAGCCGUCUGCCCGAUGCCGACCUCACCACUGGCUCCCAGCCCGACAGCUGGAACAGCAUCAUUGCUCUCAAGCUCCAGGUUGUCAAGACUUUGUUGAGAAUCCGUCGUGUUUUCCCCAACCUGCUCCUUCCUCAGAGCACCACCUUCUUCAGCGCGGUGUGGGAGGAACUUACCCUCAUGCAGGGCCCUCACGAGGAGCUUUACAUUAAGAACGACGCCCAAGGAAGAUUGGAGGACUCGGACAGCAUUCCUUACACCCUGGAUUUCCUUAUCCUUGAGGAGCUGGACUUCUUGAACCAGUGCUUCCGAGCACCCCCCGUCCAGGCCGAGCUUGACGGCCAGCUGAACGCUCAUGCCUCUGCUCAAGAUGUUCCGUGGAUGAUCGAGAUCAUGAAGAUGCUCGUCGCCUACUCUCGGGUGACCCGAGAGGAGGAGGAUCUGUGGGAUAUCGAUUGCUCUUUGUACCUGGCUGAAGAGACCUCUGUCACUGCCAACUACACUGCUCGAACUGCUGCUGGAGACUUGUUGAUCAAGAUGGGUGAGUGGUUCGACCAGAAGACGAUCGAUGGGUUGUUUGGCUACACCAAGACGCUCUUCACUGGCGAGGGUGUGUCCUGGCGUAGCCAAGAGUCUGCCCUUUACUUGUUCGUCAUGCUGGUUAGUGACUUUCAGGACAUGAGUAAGCCCAUUCCCGACCCUGUCGCCCACGCAUACUUGGAAUUGGUUGACUUCGCCAUCAACCGACCCGAGGAGCCGCUUCUCCGGGCUCGUGGUUAUCUUGUUGCCGGUGUUCUUUGCCGAUCUUUUGAGACUCCUCCUUCUCUGCUAGACCGCAUUGUCGACUGUAUCACCCGCGAAGAGUCAGAGGUUGUCCAGGUCGCGUGCAUCAAGGCUGCCGAGGGACUCAUCAACUCUGGACGUGUCACCCCUGACCGACAGGUUCCCAUCAUCACCUCUAUCCAGACCUACAUGAAUGGAAAGGACCCCAGCGAUAUGGAGGAUGCCGACGAGCUUCUCGUUACCCUGGCCGAGGCCCUGCGUGCUGCUAUCGGCCUGGAGACAAGAAUUGCUCUCUCCAACGAUGUGCAGUCCGUGGAUCUGCUCUUCCUGCUGGCAAAGCUGGGUGCUAGCAACUUUCAAGUCACCAUGCUGGUGUCCGAGGCGUUUGAGGAAAUUGUCGGCACUUUGUCCGAUCCUGCGUCGUACGCUGCUCUGUGCAGCAAGAUUCUGCCUACCCUGACUGGCGCCUUUGACGUUGCUAACCUUACAGAGGACAACCCACUUGUCACCGUUGCAACUGAGCUGCUCGCUGUUUUGGCAGAGCACGGAUCGGAGCCUCUGCCUGCUGGAUUUGUGGCAGCAACUUUCCCCAAGUUGAACCGCCUUCUCAUGGAGUCUACUGAGGGAGAGGUCCUGCGACCAGGUUCCGAGACGGUCAAGUGGAUUCUGCAGCACGAUCACCAGCAGGUCCUCGCCUGGCAAGACGCCAACGGCCGCUCUGGACUGGAGGUUUGCCUGCACAUCAUCGACCGACUUCUUGGCCCUUCUAUCGAGGACAACUCUGCGUCCGAGGUUGGAGGACUCGCCGCCGAGCUGGUGGAGAAGGCUGGCCAGGAGCGCUUGGGUCCUUUCUUGCCUCAGCUCCUUCAGGCCGUUGCCAACAGGCUGGCUUCUGCACAAGCCGCAGCAUUCAUUCAGUCCCUCAUUCUCGUUUUUGCCCGUCUUUCUCUGGCCGGUGCUAGCGAUAUCGUCGAGUUUUUGAGCCAAGUCCAGAUUCAGGGCGAGAGUGGUCUCCAGGUCGUUCUGGCUAAGUGGCUUGAGAACUCGGUCAACUUUGCUGGCUACGACGAGAUCCGGCUGAACGUGAUCGCUCUGUCCAAGCUCUACUCCCUCAACGAUCCCCGUCUCGCACAGACUUCAGUCAAGGGUGAUCUGAUCGUUACCGCCGAUGAUGGUCUGAUUAAGACUCGCUCUCGUGCGAAGCAGAUCACAGACCCCGACCAAUACACAAUCAUUCCUGCAUCCCUCAAAAUCAUCAAGGUGCUCAUUGAGGAGCUCCUUUCUGCAUCUGGUGCUCGGGCUGCCGCCAACGCUGCCGCCGCUGCCGUGGCAUCUGCCAACUUCGAUGAUGAUGAGAAUGACGACGAGGGCUGGGAGGAUGAUGAUGAUACCCUUGACCUGAGCCUCGGCACUACUAAGGCUGAUCUCAUGUCGUUCAUGGAGGGUGGUGGUCAGCGACAGCGAGACGACGAAACCCAGGCAUACCUGACGGAAUUCUUCAUCCGCUGCGCUCGGGAGAAUGUGGCCAACUUCCAGGAGUGGUACAACAUGCUCACCGAGGAUGAGAAGACGAAGCUCAACGAGGUGGCUAACUCGGCCGGGCAAUAGGAAGGGCCUGCGGUAUCGGGGACCGGGAUCCUGAUGACGCAGGCAUAUGCGCAGGGAUCUUCCCGGAUGAGAAACCUACGGAAGCUGCACUCUUGAUGGAUUUUCUGCCGUCGCAGCAGAAACCGCCGCCGUGCCGUACUUGGUUAAUGGAUACCGGGAGGAGAAGAAAGAAAUCUAAGACUGUGGGACGCGAUCACCUGGCUCUUUGUUAUUUUUUCUAUCUCCUUUCUGGUGAAAAAAAAGAGUAAAUAGACGCGAGCACCACCCAAGAGUCAUAAUGAUUGCCUCUUCGGUCUGCUUUGAUGAAUGGAUGUGGAGUGUAGAUGAGUUGGAGCGUGUAAUUAAUUAGAUUACCUGCCUAGCUUCGAAGUUAUGAACCUUUUGAAUGGCCUACAGCACAUAUGGGAUA